CACACUCCUGCGUCAUCUGUCACCAGCUAGCGCACAUCAUACAUCGGCAUGCGGCUGGAUCACGCACGCCAUGCAAUUAAUCAGCAAGAAACCCAUCUAAACCCCACCCUCGUCGUCGUCUACUUCCCCACCGAUGAUCGAUGCCAUCUCCUCCUCCGUCCUCCCGGCUUCUCGUUUAGGUCGCCGGCCGGCGACCACGAAGAUGGAGGCCACCGUGGCGGCGCCGGCGGCGCAGCUGUUAACAGAUAGGAGAGCGCCCAGAUGUAGGGCUCAGUUGGGAGCGACCAGAUUGUCCUGCCCAGGCCGAUUUGCAGUCGAGGCUUUUGGAGCCCAAUCUCAAAGCAGUGCUACUACUGUCAGGCAUAGAUUCAGUGCCACUUCUCAAGCUACUAGCCCUAGAAGAAUCAGGAGGCAGUGUGCAGAUGAUCAUCCAGACUUCCAUGUUGGAUGCAGUGAGGUUGCUCGUGAUCAGCACCAUCUCGAUGUGAAUAGGUUUGCGGAAAUCCGUGGAGAAGUUUCAAAGAAAUUGCUCGCUUUCCAACAGUUUUGCAGGCCACACACAAUCUAUGGCACUAUAAUAGGUAUAACUUCAGUGUCUCUUCUGCCAAUGAAGGGCCUAGAUGAUUUUACCAUGACGGUACUACGAGGAUAUCUUGAGGCUUUGGCGGCAGCUUUAUGUAUGAACAUAUAUGUGGUAGGACUGAAUCAGAUAUUUGACAUCCAGAUUGAUAAGGUCAACAAGCCAGGCCUUCCAUUGGCGGCUGGGGAAUUUUCCAUAACAACUGCUGUAUUCUUAGUACUCAUAUUCUUGAUCAUGAGCUUUAGCAUCGGAAUACAUUCUGGAUCUGCGCCAUUGAUGUGCGCAUUAAUUAUCAGCUUCAUCCUUGGAAGUGCAUACUCAAUUGAGGCUCCGUUUCUCCGCUGGAAACGGCACGCGUUCCUUGCUGCAUCAUGUAUCCUGUUUGUGAGGGCUAUACUGGUCCAGUUAGCAUUCUUUGCGCACAUGCAGCAUCAUGUUCUGAUGAGGCCCUUGGCACCAACAAAAUCACUUGUCUUUGCAACAUUUUUCAUGUGCUGCUUCUCUGCAGUCAUAGCUCUAUUCAAGGAUAUUCCUGAUAUUGAUGGAGACCGGGAUUUUGGCAUCCAAUCCUUGAGUGUGAAAUUGGGCCCUCACAGAGUGUAUCAACUAUGUAUAAGCAUACUGUUGACAGCCUAUGGGGCUGCCACUCUGGUAGGAGCUUCAUCCACAAAUCUCUUUCAGAAGAUCAUCACUGUAUCCGGCCAUGGCCUGCUUGCUUUCACGCUUUGGCAGAGGGCACGGCACUUUGAAGUUGAGAACCAAGCGCAUGUCACAUCAUUUUACAUGUUCAUUUGGAAGCUAUUCUAUGCAGAGUAUUUUCUUAUACCAUUUGUACAAUGAGAAUGUACAAGGGCCGGCAUUUCUGAACUAUGUACACAUGUAGAGCAAAUUAUGUGGGGGCUAAUGCUUGGUCUGUAUUUUUAUUUCACCAUCGGCAAUUCGAUAAUUUGGAGGAAGAGGCAAAUGUUGGACGUGUAAUUCAGACACAGUCCCUUCACUAAUCUGACAUAGAUGUUCACUUUGUGCACUAUCAGAGAGACACGUCAUUUCUUGAAUUCAGCGGGAUACAAUGUUUUCCGUUUAACAUGCAAAUUAAGUUAGUAUACUGAGUUUUGAAAA